UGCUUUCAACUUCUGCAAUCAGGCGCUAUGCAUCCAGAUCCCGGACAUUUACAGGCACCACUCUUUGUUGCCGUCACAGUUCUCAUCUCUGCCACGAGUUCAGGUUUACUUCCCCAUUUUACUUCUGAGCCCCUGUCUACUGUACAGAAGUCUGGUGCGCCCAUACAACUACACUGCUCUGCUGAGCCCUCCACAGCUUGCAUUUCUUGGCUGUUUAAUGGAGAGCCUUUGGACAGCAGGGUGGGAGAAGUGGAAAUCCAGUCGGGAUCUUUGACAAUCGUCUCUCUAAGCCUGUCAACGUCUGGUCACUAUCAGUGCAUUGCCAACAGCAGCGUGGGCGCUGUUGUGAGUAGGGCUGCAGUGAUAUCAAUAGGCAGUCUAGCUAAUUUUGAUACUUCAGUGAAGCCUGUCAUUGUAGCGGAGGAAGGCGGUACAGCUUUCAUUGGCUGCAAGGUGCCAGAAAGUAACCCUAAAGCACAAGUUCGCUUUCGAGUGCGGGGAAAAUGGCUGGAACAAUCAACAGAUAACUACCUAAUUCUUCCAUCUGGAAACCUGCAGAUUUUGAAUGUAUCUUUAGAAGACAAGGGAUCCUACAAAUGUGCUGCGUACAACCCAGUCACUCAUGAUCUCAAAGUAGAACCUGCUGGACAUAAGCUUAUAGUCACACGCUCUUCCUCAGAAGGCUUCCACAUACUUCAUCCCCUGGUCUCCCAGACCCUGGCAGUGCCCCAGCACAGCCCUUUGACACUAGAAUGUGUUGUCAGUGGACUGCCUCCAGCCUCCGUCCACUGGGUGAAAGAUGGCCAGGACGCACUGAGCAGAGGCAGGUGGAAACUGCUGCACUCCCAUCUCAUAUCAGACAGGCUUGAGGCAUCGGACUCUGGAAAUUACUCCUGUGUAGUGGGAAAUGAAUUUGGAGUAGUGAAAUAUAUUAACUAUUCACUUACUAUACUCGAGCCAGUCUCAAUUUCCAAGGGACUGCAAGAUGAAACUGUGGCUGCUGGAGCAACUGUGCAUUUCUGGUGUGAUGUCCAUGGAAGCCCUGCUCCGACCCUCACCUGGCUGCACAAUGCAGCUCCCCUUGAUCGUUCUCCACGGCACCUGCUGUUGGGAAAUGGCCUGCAGAUCCAUGGUGUCAUUGCGGAGGAUUCUGGCUUGUACCAGUGUGUAGCAAACAAUGGGAUUGGAUUUGUGCAGUCCACUGGGAGACUUCAUGUACAGCCAGGCAGCGGCUCAAGGCCAGUUAUAGUCUCUCCACCAGCAAGCGUCAGUGUGACAGAAGGUGGGGACGUUACACUGUCAUGCAACGCCACUGGUCUACCCAUUCCCGUCAUCCGUUGGUAUGACAGCAGAGGCCUCAUUACCAGCCACCCCUCCCAGGUGCUUCAUCCAAACCCGCAGGAACCUUCUCAAGCAAUGCCGGGCAGCACCAUUGCAGAGCCUACCGCCUAUUUCACCGCAUCUCAAGCAGGGUCGAGCUCCUUGCACAUUCGGAACGUGACUCCAGGCCAUGUGGGGGAGUAUACCUGCGAAGCCAUCAACGAGCAUGGCUCUGCCAUGUCGGAAGCCUUCCUCACAGUUGUUCCCUUAGAAACUGGCACGAAAGCAGAAGAAAUGGCUCCUGUGGAGACUGUCGAAAGCGAUGGUGACUUUGGUGUGGAAACAGCGUUUUCAAGCCUGCCUCCAACAAAGCUGCAUUUCGAUGCAGUUGCGACAGAAAAGCCCUUGAAUAGCAUCUCCGCCCCAGAAGCCCCCAUCAUCCUCAGUCCCCCGCAGACGCUCAAGCCGGACACAUACACCCUGGUGUGGCGUUCGGGACGGGAUGGCGGCUUGCCCAUCAAUGCCUAUUUUGUUAAAUACCGCAAGCUGGACGACAGCGUCAGUGCAGCGGGGAGCUGGCACACGGUGCGUGUCCCUGGCAGCGAGAACGAGCUCUGGCUCACCGAGCUGGAGCCUUCAAGCCUGUAUGAAGUUUUAAUGGUGGCGAGGAGCGCUGCUGGCGAAGGCCAGCCUGCUAUGCUGACAUUUCGCACCAGCAAAGAAAGAACAUCAUCCUCGAAAAACACUCAGGCUCCAUCUCCACCAGUAGGCAUUCCUAAACAUCCCGUCAUUCAUGAAGGGACAAAUAAUUUUGGUGUCGUCCUUCCAGAUCUGUCUCGACAUAGCGGAGUUCCAGAAGCUCCUGAUCGACCCACAAUCUCCACAGCAUCAGAAUCAUCUGUCUAUGUCACAUGGAUACCGCGAGCAAACGGUGGCUCCCCCAUUACUGCCUUUAAAGUAGAGUAUAAACGCUUGGGACGAAACAGUGACUGGCUAAUUGCAGCUGAUAACAUUUCUCCUUCCAAGCUGUCUGUGGAAGUUCGUAACUUGGAGCCAGGAGAAAUGUAUAAGUUCCGUGUGAUUGCUGUGAACAACUAUGGGGAGAGCCCACGAAGUGCAGCAUCUCGCCCUUACCAAGUAGCUGGUUUCACCAACCGGUUUUCCAACCGCCCCAUCACGGGACCUCACAUAGCUUAUACGGAAGCCAUCAGUGACACUCAGAUCAUGUUAAAAUGGACAUAUAUUACAUCAAGCAACAACAACACACCCAUCCAAGGAUUUUAUAUCUAUUAUCGGCCUACGGACAGUGACAAUGAUAGUGACUACAAGAGGGAUAUUGUAGAAGGUACAAAGCAAUGGCACUUGAUAAAUCACCUGCAGCCAGAAACAUCUUAUGACAUAAAAAUGCAGUGCUAUAAUGAAGGUGGUGAAAGCGAGUACAGCAACGUGAUGAUCUGUGAAACUAAAGUGAAACGCAUGCCAGGAGCAUCUGAAUAUCCAAUAAAAGACCUGAGCACACCACCAAAUUCCCCUGACCGGGUUGGGGGAAGCAGCGGUGGGCCUUCUAACGGCCCCGUUCGGAGCAGUGACAUGCUGUAUUUGAUCGUGGGCUGUGUCCUUGGAGUGAUGGUCCUUAUUCUGAUUGUUUUCAUUGCCAUGUGCCUGUGGAAAAACCGUCAACAAAACACCAUGCAGAAAUAUGACCCUCCUGGCUAUCUGUACCAAGGGGCAGAUAUCAACGGGCAAAGGAUUGAGUACACGACCUUACCUGGCACAAGUCGUGUCAACGGCAGCAUCCAUGGGAACUUUAUAAGCAACGGUGGCCUCAGCAAUGGAUGUCCGCACAUCCAUCAUAAAGUUGCUAACGGAGUUAAUGGGAUUGUGAACGGAGGAGCUGGACUUUACCCGGGGCACACCAACUCCCUGUCCAGGACACGCGUGGACUACAAACAUACCCACCACCUUGUGAAUGGCGGUGGGAUGUACACGGCAGUGCCGCAGGCUGACCCCUCCGAGUGCAUCAGCUGCCGAAACUGUCGGAACAAUAACAGGUGUUUCACCAAAACCAAUGGCACUUUCAGCAGCAACACGCUACCUGUCAUGCCCAUCGUAGCACCUUACCAGCAGGACAGUCUGGAGAUGAAACCUCUGAAUCAUGUCAUGGUGGCCAUGUGCUUAGCUUCCAGCAUCCCUGAGUGCAGCGCACAGCUGGAGGAGGACAGCAAAGAGAAGGCAGAGCAGCCCUCCGCCCAGCAUCCCUGCUGUCGAGAAAGCAUGAAUCAGCUCUCCAUGGAGUACACAGAUGGUGACAACUGUUUGCACUCAGAAACAUCGAACCACGUUUUGAGCUGGAGUCCCCUUAUUCUUCAGCCUGUUUCAAAGGACUGUAAGGAAAAGCCAGGAUGGAGCUCAUCCGGCGUCACGUUAAAUGGUUCUGGGGACCUCCGACAGCUCCAGCUUCAGGAAACCUGAGGAAGUGACCGCUUUCCCCACUUAACGCCAGUAACUGCACAGCAGAGUCGCUGAAAGGGACUAAUGGAGGGAUGUUAAUUAUAACAGAGAGAGUCACUAUUUAUUUUUUGUAGUAGUGUCAUAUGAAUGAAUGUAUCUUGUUUUUAAAUGGUUGCCUUUUUAUAUUAUUUAUGCAUUGAAAUCCCUUUUUUUUCCCAUGCACCAUGAAACUAGCCUGGUUAUGUGUAUAAAAAAGAUUUGUAAUAAUAUAAAGAACAACAAUGGG